CCUUCUCUUCAUUAUAAAGGAACCCAAAGUCUGUGACGCGCUGUGCUGGGAUUGGCCCUCUGGAGCCACCGUCCCUGAACUUUGCUUUGGGUCUCUUAGCAACAGGCUGCGGUGGCCCAGCAGGAGUGGGCGGCAGGUUGAUACCUGUGGAGAAUCUCCUAAAUUGUACCCUGGAAAGGCAGAAUGGAGCUAUCAAUGCCCCCACCUCAGAUAUAUGUAGAAAAAACUUUGGCUAUUAUCAAACCAGAUAUUGCUGACAAAGAGGAGGAGAUACAGGAUAUUAUUCUCAGAUCUGGAUUCACCAUUGUUCAGAGAAGAAAACUGCAUCUCAGCCCUGAGCACUGUAGUAACUUUUAUGUGGAACAGUAUGGGAAAAUGUUUUUCCCCAAUUUAACAGCUUACAUGAGUUCUGGACCACUUGUUGCCAUGAUAUUAGCUAGACAUAAAGCCAUCUCUUACUGGAAAGAACUUUUGGGACCAACUAAUACCUUAGUAGCUAAGGAGACACACCCAGACAGUCUAAGGGCAAUUUAUGGCACAGAUGACUUAAGGAAUGCACUUCACGGGAGCAAUGAUUUUGCCGCAGCAGAAAGAGAAAUUCAAUUCAUGUUUCCUGAUGUGAUUAUUGAGCCCAUUCCAGUUGGACAAGCUGCUAAGGACUAUUUAAAUUUAUAUGUAACACCAACUCUGCUUCAAGGACUCACAACACUUUGUAAGGAGAAACCAGCGGAUCCUUUUAUUUGGCUAGCUGAUUGGCUACUGAAAAAUAAUCCCAACAAACCAAAGCUUUGUCACAAUCCAGCUGCAGAAGAACCCUAAAGUUCCUCAAAGAACAAAUCACUAUCUUAUUGUAAAAUACAUGCUUCUACAUUAAAACAAACAAACCUUCCUAACGGUUUAAGUAACUACGUGCAAAAUAAAUUGUUUUUAAAAAUAUAA